AUGCGCGGCCAAGUUUUAGGUGUCCAGUUGUAUUGUCCGUCUGGGUACCACUGCUGCAGCAAGAUAGAUUCCACAUGUUGUUCGGUCGGCUUCAUUUGUGGUGGAACAGUUUGCAUCAGUAUCGCCGCCAUUGUUAUACCGUGUAUCAUAGUGGUAGUUAUCAUCGUAGUGGUCAUCGUUAUUAUCAUCAAGAAGAAAAAGGCUCAUCAAGGAGUUGUGAUAGUCCAGGUAAUCCACAAACGUCUGCCUACACUUCGUCUGGUCAAUACACCUCGUCAGGUCAAUAUCCCGGUCAGUAUCCUCCCCCUCCUCCUAAAUAUUAACAGUAGCCAGAACAAACAUGCGUCAGAUUGAACAGUCUCCACACAUCUUUCAAACCUUCUUAGUUAUUACACCUUCUAGAUAUUCGUCUGACAAGAACGACGCCUUGAAUUUUUGUUUUUUAAUUGUGUGAUCAAAUUUUUUCACCAUUGUUUGUAUAUUGUGAUGAUAAAAAAGUAUGUACAGUGUAUAUACUAUAAUUCUACAAAUAUACACAUAUAUAAGGUUUAUUUACUUGCCUGUACUUGUCAGUACUAAUACCCUCUCCGUUUGUCAGUAUCAGCUUUAUUAACAACAAGUACACAUGACCAUCGAAAAGCUAUAUUUUUGUACUGUACAUUAAAAAAUGUUAAAUAAUUCUUUAAUUCAAAUUCAUUUAACAUUUACAGUAUUUACAUUGACUAAGUAUUAUAAGUGAAGAUUUUAAAACGAAUAAGGGGAUAACUUUACAAUGUAGAGUACUAAUUUCAUUACAAGAUCAAUAAAGACUUGCUCAGCAAAACAGCCCUUGACCCAGUGGUCCCACGUCUCGUAAAAAUCUAGUGUUCAUUAUAGUUUUUACAUCUUUUGCUUUCUAUAUGCUCAGGAUCUGUUCUCAAAAUAAUAAUUCAUUCUUACUGAGAAGGCCCCUCAA